UUUCAGGGGAGGUGCAUAAAUAAUAGGCCUACCCACACCGUUCAUCGGGAACUAACUGGCCCAUCGUUCUUCCCACACGCGUAUUGGGAAAUUAAUCGAUCGGUGUUGCGGGCUACUCGAUCGCCACAUGUACAUACAUGAUAUGAUGAGUUUGAAGCUAUUCAUUGACAGAAAGGCCGGGAAAGUCAUCUUUGCGGAGGAAGACAAAGCCUUCGUUGACUUCGUGGUCAACAUCCUCUCCCUCCCUCUUGCGGCGGUUUCCAAGCUUCUCAAAUACGAAACCGGCGGUGGAUCCUUCGGAAACCUCCACAAAAGCGUUGUAAACCUCAGUGACACUUGCCUUCAUCACACCAAAGCCAGGGGCCCCCUCUUGAAAGAAAUCAAUUCAUUACUAUCGAGCAAUACGCCUUUUCUCUUGACUGGUGACCUAGCUGUUUACUAGCACUAAAACUUACAUUUGUCAACAAGAGGGGUAUAAACCACACCCCUAUGGCGCAACUUACAGCGCCGAUGACCCGACGGCCCGUUGUCCCGGUUGCGGUAGGUUUAUUACCACCGAGGGGAAACCUACGGUUAUGGUCAACACAGUUGCCCUGACCGGAUAUUUGAAAGAGGCGUCGACGUAUAUGGUGACGGAUGAUGUUAGGCCCGGAUUAUUCCACAACGGUAGAAGCCCACAACCGCCGGUCUGAUGCUCACAUGAAGGGUAAUGCCUAAGCCCAGCUCGAACGAAGCCCGGAUGCACAAAUGGAAAGUGACAUCAACGCUUCUAGAACCAAGCUUAAAUGGAAAGUGAUGCACGUUGACUAAGGAAGCAAACAAAGAAAGUUGAUACACGGCUUUAGUGACUUAAUGAUAUAUACAUCCCCUUUCCUUUCUUAAAUAUUUAAAUAUUCUUACCAUGUAAUUUAAUGGAAAGUUAGGUUAGAGCCUUAGAACAUCUCCAAUGGUAAAAUGUGCACAGUGCACACGUGGCACGAGAAAUAGCCACAUAAAUAUUAGUAAAUAAAUUUUUUCUCUCCUUAUUUGAAUGAUUUUAUACAGUUUUGGUAAGUUUUUCUCCACAAUGUCAAGGAGACCGUCUAAAUGUUGACAUUGUUGUUGACAUUGCAGGGAAAAACUUACCAAAAUUGUAUAAAAUCAUUCAAAUAAGGAGAGAAAUAAUUUAUUUGUGAAUAUUUAUGUGGCUAUCACUCAUGCCACAUGCGCACCAUGCACAUUAUAGCAUUGGAGAUGCUCUUAGAUGCUAGGAUAAAUUCAAGCAUCUUGUGAAGAUCAAUACGCAUUAGAAACAGAGCUCACCAAUACUCUUGUAUUCACCACCAAACUCAUCAAUACAAUUUCGAUUAUUAGCUUAUUAUCUCUUUAAAUAAUUUCUUGCACGAUUCCCUUUUCGAUUAUUUGAUUGUUAGAAGAAAUUAUCAACACC